AGCAAACACUUCCAAGUCAACGAAGCUGAGCAAACGAGAGAAAAAUGGUGUCUAUGUGUCGACAGAUCCUAGGCCUGUCCCUGGCCAUUAUUGGUUUCUUGGGAGCGAUUAUUAUUUGCGCCCUUCCCAUGUGGAAGAUGUCUGCGUUCAUUGGAGCCAACAUCGUGACAGCACAGAUCAUCUGGGAGGGCUUGUGGAUGAACUGUGUGGUCCAGAGCACAGGACAGAUGCAGUGCAAAAUCUACGACUCGCUCCUGGCUUUACCUCAGGACCUGCAGGCUGCUCGGGCGCUUGUGAUCAUCGCCAUCAUUAUCUGCCUCUUUGGGCUCAUCCUGGGGAUUGCUGGUGGAAAAUGCACCAACUUUGUUGAGAGAGAAGAAUCCAAAGUAAAGGUGGCUAUCGCCAGUGGUGUGAUCUUCAUCGUGGCUGGAGUGCUGGUCCUGGUCCCCGUCUGCUGGUCAACUAACACCAUCGUCAGGGAUUUCUACAAUCCCAUUCUCACUGACGCCCAAAGGAGGGAGCUCGGGCCUUCUAUCUAUAUCGGAUUCGGUGCGGCUGCGCUGCUGAUCCUGGGAGGAGGUAUUCUGUGCAGCUCCUGCCCACCUAAAGAGGACAAUUACAACAUCAAGUACUCUCAGCCACGGUCCAUUGCCAACAGCAGAGCCUACGUCUGACAGUAAUCAAGCAUGCAAAGACUUUUUACUUACAAAGACCCUUUUUUCGUAAAAACCUCUUUAUUCCCAUCUCUGGAUUUUUUCCCCAAGGAGAAACGAAGGAAGGACAGUGUCUGAUAUGGCAUAGUUUAUUUACUGAGAUUUUGUGCUGUGAUUCCACAGAUCACUGAAAGAGAAAGUGUACAUUUAUGAUGAGAGGAAUCAAACUCAGGGAAGCGACGGAGAUCUGAAAUGUUAACUGUGUUUUUUGUUUUUUUUUAGAAACAAGCUGUUCUUGUAAUUGAUGUUUAAUAUGACAAUAUGAAUAGUUCCAUUAAUCAUUUAGGUAUCUGACUGUUAAUAAAUUACAAAGGCCAUGGUUUUAUAAAAUGUACAUUAACCUUCUACAUUUUUUCCAAAUAUAAAUUAGCAUUUUUGCACAAAGAUGCCUUAAUCGGUACAUUUGUCUUACCGUUUGUUUAUUAAAAUAAACGCUUCUGUAAAACAAUUUAUUAAUACUGCAUUGACUUCAUUUCAUAAUAAUAGUUUGACAGUACUGAAUAUUCUCACAUCAAAGAAAACAUUACAGAUCGUGCUGAAACUGUUGAAAACAGCGACAGAGGUGUUGGAGGAGACCUCCUGUAAACCCGGUUUUUAGCAAUGCUGUUAAAAAAAAAUCUCUAUUUUGCUGUAAAAAAAA